AUGGAUUUAAUUGAAUCAACUUUCAAUAGAUUAGAGACUCAAUUGGGACAAAUUGAUUGGUGGGAUCUCGAUGGGGCAUGCAUGACGAUAGAUUACACUCUAAUCGGCCCCGGGGUGCCAUUUAAAACAUCAAACACAGUGAGCAAGAAGAUGGAAAAGAUGGAGAACAAAGGUUGGCAUGGAAGAAGGCAGAAGGGUGGAUUGGUUACAAUGCCCUUCAUAUUUGCAAAUGAGGCUUGUGAGAAGUUGGCUGUGGUGGGGUUCAAUACCAACAUGAUCAGCUACUUGACAACGGAGCUCCAUAUGCCAUUAACCAAAGCAGCUAACACUCUCACAAACUUUGGAGGAACUUCGAGCUUGACACCGUUGCUCGGUGCCUUCAUGGCUGACGCAUAUGCUGGCCGGUUCUGGACUAUCACAGUUGCUUCCAUAAUAUACCAAAUAGGCAUGACAAGCUUAACACUGUCAGCAAUUCUUCCAAAUCUAAGGCCACCACCAUGUAAAUUAGGAGAGCAAGUGUGCCGAGAAGCUGAUACAGGACAACUAGUAAUCCUAUAUGCAUCUCUCCUACUAGGAGCCUUAGGAUCAGGAGGCAUCCGACCAUGUGUAGUUGCAUUCGGGGCAGAGCAAUUCGAUGAAUCGGACCCUAAGCAGACAUCAAAGACGUGGAAAUACUUCAAUUGGUAUUAUUUUGUCAUGGGAGUAUCUAUACUUUUGGCCGUCACAGUGCUUGUCUAUAUUCAGGACAACAUUGGAUGGGGUUGGGGACUUGGAAUUCCAACCAUAGCAAUGUUUCUCUCCAUCAUUCCUUUUAUUGGAGGAUACCCACUUUACCGGCACCUGGAUCCUGCUGGGAGUCCAUUUACCAGAUUGUUACAGGUGUCUGUGGCUGCAUUUAGGAAGAGGAAGCUGGCCAUGGUUUCGGAUCCUGAGUUAUUAUACCAGAAUGAUGAGCUUGAUGCACCCAUUUCUAUUGGUGGAAAGCUUCUUCACACUACACAUAUGAAAUUUCUCGAUAAGGCUGCAAUUGUAACUGAAGAAGAUAAUUUCAAACAAGCCCGAACACCCAAUCUUUGGAGACUAAAUACAGUUCACAGAGUUGAAGAGCUGAAAUCUAUCAUCAGAAUGGGACCAAUAUGGGCAGCAGGAAUUCUUCUGAUCACAGCCUAUGCCCAGCAAAACACAUUUUCCCUCCAACAGGCCAAGUCCAUGGACAGAUAUCUCACAAAAUCCUUUCAAAUUCCAGCAGGUUCCAUGUCUGUCUUCACCAUGACCUCCAUGCUCACCACAAUAGCCUUUUAUGAUCGCAUUUUCGUUCCUAUUGCACGUAAAUUCACAGGGCUUGAACGCGGCAUAAGCUUUCUGCAUCGGAUGGGAAUUGGUUUUGUAAUAUCAAUAUUUGCCACUCUAGUUGCUGGCUUUGUUGAAAUCAAGCGAAAAGAUGUUGCUUUAGCACACGGUCUAAUCAAUUCCCAUCAGCCUAUUCCUAUCCCAGUCUUUUGGCUUGUGCCACAAUAUUGUCUUCACGGAAUAGCUGAAGCUUUUAUGUCUAUUGGGCAUUUAGAAUUCUUCUAUGAUCAAGCACCAGAAAGCAUGAGAAGCACUGCUAUGGCUCUAUUUUGGACUGCAAUUUCAGUUGGGAAUUAUGUAAGCACGCUUUUGGUUACCUUAGUGCACAAAUUUAGUGCUGGCCCUGACGGAUCAAAUUGGCUUCCUGAUGAUAAUCUGAACAAAGGGAAGUUGGAGUACUUUUACUGGUUGAUCACAUUGUUGCAGGCUGCAAAUCUUAUUUACUACCUAUUUUGUGCCAAGAUAUAUACUUUUAAGUCUAUUCAAGUCCAUAGCAAAGAAACCAGUGACUCCGAAGAAAGUGCAGUAGAGCUUGCAAACAAGGUUUAG